CCCCCCCCCCCCACCAGCCCUUCGGUCUAUCUUUCGGACCCCGGGUUUUCUCGCCGGCCGCCAGGCGGCGGUCCUGGGAAGACCGCCCUUCGUGGCGGCUCCCUUGGGUGCAGCGAGCGCCCUUCCCGGGCUCGGGAGGCCCGACGGCGCGGGUGCAUCUCCAGCCGGCACUUCCCGGUGCACCCGGGAGGAGCAGUGCGCUCGUUGUCUGCCGAGAGGUUUAACCAGCUUCGCGUGGUUGCUGUGUCACUUUUGGCCUCUUAGAACUUCCCUGUGUAGCUUCGGACCAUGACCAGAGAUUGCAGGAAACACCAAAGGCAGGGCUUCCUAAUUAACAACAGUAGCGUUUUGUUAGGAAAUCAUCAAACUGGAGAAAUUGAACGAAUGAUAUAAAGAAUUCACUGUACUCAUUACCCAGUCUCAAUAAUUAUCAAUACGUGGACAGACUUGCUCCCCUAACCCGGGUUAUUUUGCGUUUUUGAGACAGGGUCUCUGUCACCCUGGCUGGAGUGUAGUGGCACAAUCUCGGCCCACUCCCGGGCCCAAGCGAUCCUCACGCUUCAGCCUCCGGAGUAGCUGGGACUACAGGCAGGUGUCACCACACCCGGCUAACUUUUGUUAUUGCUGUUGUUUUCGUUUGUGAAGAUAGUGUCUCCUUAUGUUGCUCAGGCUAUCUUUGAACUCCUGGGCUUAAGUGAUCCUCCCUUCUUGGCUCCCAAAGUGUUGGGAUUACAAGCAGAAGUCACUUAACCUGGCUAUCCUGGGUUAUUUUGAAGCAAAUCCCAGACAUGAUAUCAUUUCAAUUCUUUUACAUAUUUCCAUCCCUCUGUCAUGAUUAAUAAUCAUACAUAUAAUAAUUUGCUUUCUAGAGGGGUCAAGUAAAAUAAAGGACAUAUUGAAGUGUAGACAGUACUUGUUUAGUUUCUACUACUAGAAUUUAAGUAACUGCUACAGUGCAGUUUCAUUAUCUUGUGCUCAGGUUUUCAAAAUCAGAGGUACCAGGUAAUCUAGACAGUAGUGCUAUUGCUUUUGAAUAGUAAUAAUUGUAUUGACAAUUUCUAUUUGCAGAGUUCUUUGUUUGAAGGACUGUGAAGUUGUUUGCACCUAUUCAUUUAAUUUUUACAAUAAUCUUAUGAAGUAGGUAUUAUCAUCCCACGUUACAGUUAGGGGAAAGAAAUUUGGGAGAUCACAGUUUGCCUAAGGUCACACUGCUGAAAGGAUGGGGGUUGGGAGUAGAAUUCAGGAUGCUAACCUUGGCCUUUGUCAUUGCAAAGUUAUUGCUCUUUUAGCAUAACUGAAUGUCCUAAGAGUUGUGGAAUAGAUGGAACUGCUGUGGAAAAUUAGUUCUGUUAAGCCAAAAUCCGUAAUGGAAAAAUAAAAAGUCUGAAAAGUUACACAAAUACAAACAAUAGUGAGAGAGGUAUGUUUGUUCUUUGAAACAUUAAAGAUUAUUACAACUGAAUUUAAUGUCCCGAGAAAACCUGGUUCGACAAAUGCAAGUGAUAAAAAUGUUAUUCCUGGCCAGAUGCAUGGCUCAGCCCAGCACUUUGCAAAGGCCGAAGCAGGAGGACCCCUUAGUCCAGGAGUUCGAGACCAGCCUGGGCGAUAUAGUGAGACAUUGUAUUAAAAAAAUAAUAAUAAUAAUUUUAUUUUUUAAUAUGUGACCAAUUAAAAGGAAAAGGAAAAUAGACGUCAAUGAAUAGUCUCUACCACUCCUUUAGCACAUAGCAUAUAGUGGAUAUUUAUACUAAAUAUUUAAUCUAUAUCCUUCAUCCUCCUAAUCUUAAGUUACUAAGAUAGCAUCUUCAUCCAAAUAGUGUUAGAUGAAUAAGGAACUAGAUAGAAACAGCUGGGCCUCCUCUACUUAUUCAAAGAACAGUAGAGAAGGCCUGUUAACCUGGAGUUUAGGAAUCCUAUUGGAUACGAGUAAUUCAGAAGUCCAGAAGUCAGGCCAGACUCCUUUGUGAAGGAACUAGAAUGCCACAUUUAUUUAUUUAUUUUUAAAGACAGGGUUUCACCAUGUUGGUCAGGCUGGUCUUGAACUCCCAACCUCAGGUGAUCCACCCGCCUUGGCCUCCGAAGUGCUUGGAUUACAGGCGUGAGCCACCACACCCGGCCUUAGGAUGCCACAUUUAAAGAGAUUAAACUUAAUGAGCAAAGAAGUGACAUGAUCAUUGUCAUCUUAAAGGAAAGUCGAUACAGGAAGGUAGCUGGUACUGUCAAUGAUGACUUUACCAGCCAUGUCCAAGGAUUAGCAGUGAAUUGACCUGAUAAGUAUAAAGGAAAUAGAUGUGGGGAGCUGGCAAAUGUAUGGAUAUAAGGAAAGGACUGGACAAAGAAAACACCCUGAAACAGAGAAAAGACUAUGUGUGUUUUACGGACCAUGUGCUGCUAUGUAUGCCUGAAGAAGUACUUGAAAUGCAAAUUUGGGGAGACUUUGCCAUAUAAAUGCUUGGCUGGAUUAAGCGCCUAAUUAGGAUGGUUUUUCAACAAGUUGGAGUAAGCAUGCAAUCGGUACUUUGGUCUAGGAAGCCAUAUGGUUCAUCUCGAAGUAUCGUAAGGAAAAUUGGUACUAAUUUGUCUUUGAUUCAGUGUCCAAGAGUUCAGUUUCAGCUUACCAGCCAUGCAACAGAAUGGAGUCCCAGCCACCCAGGAGAGGAUGCAGUGGCGUCUUUUGCUGAUGUUGGAUGGGUAGCCAAGGAAGAAGGAGAGUGUUCCACAAGACUAAGGACAGAGGUCAGAUCAAGGCCACCCCUUCAGGAUGACCUUCCAUUCUUUGAGAAGGCCCCAAGCAGACAGAUUUCCUUACCAGACUUGUCUCAAGAAGGGCCUCAGCUGAAGACGCCAGCACUGGCAAACGAGGAAGCACUGCAGAAGAUUUGCGCUCUCGAAAAUGAACUUGCUGCCCUCAGAGCUCAGAUCGCCAAAAUUGUGACCCAGCAGGAGCAGCAACAUCUCAGUGCAGGUGACUUAGAUUCUACCACAUCUGGUACCAUACCACCACCCCCUCCGCCCCCACCACCCCCGCCUCCCCCUCCACUGGGGCUCCACCAAAGCAUAUCUGCUAUUGAUCUUAUUAAAGAACGAAGAGAGAAAAGAGCCAAUGCUAGAAAUACUUUGAUUAAGAACAAUCCAAAGAAACCUGAAAUGCCAAAUAUGCUAGAGAUCCUUAAAGAUAUGAACAGUGUAAAACUUCGGUCAGUCAAGAGGUCAGAGCAAGAUGUGAAGCCCAAGCCAGUGGAUGCUACUGACCCUGCUGCUCUCAUAGCAGAGGCCCUGAAAAAGAAAUUUGCUUAUCGGUAUCGAAGUGAUAGUCAAGAUGAAGUUGAAAAAGGAGUUCCAAAGUCUGAAUCAGAGGCCACCUCAGAGAGAGUGUUGGUGAGUUAUGUGCCCAGAUUUCUUUCCUGUUAUGCAGAGAUCUACCCCAUUGCUAAGCACUUGCAUUUUGCAAGUCAUUCACCUGUGUCCUCUGUAAGAUCCAGAUCCAAAGGGAGGUGAUAAAAGAUUUGGUCCCUGCCUUACAAGUAGAUCACAGCUGGCUGGGAAAAGGAUGAUAUCUUUGCUUAGCAUUUACACUUUUAUUUUUCUAACUAUGAAAACAAUAGUUGUUCAUUUGGAAAUUUGAAACUUGUAGAAGAGCAUAAAUAAGAAAGCAAAAGUUAACCCCUGAGCUCACUACUAAGUAAUCUCCAAUGUUACAUUUUUCUAUGCAGGGUUUUUAAUUUAAGCAUAGUGAAGUGAAAUUCAGUUGAUUAACAGUUGUAUCUUAGGACAGUGUAUAUUUUGCGAUCUAGAAAUUCAAAGUAAAGUGAUUUUCUUUCAGGGCACCCUGUGAAAGUCUUCUGAAUAGGGUGAGAUUUGAUGUGGGCUUGGAUGGAUGUGUACCGUGUCAAAGGUGGAAACUGAGUACAUUUCAUGGAAGCUCUCACAUAAUAAUUAGUACAUUUCCUUUAUUAACAUUACUGUCUUGGGGGGGGGGUGUGCUUAUCUAUUCCAGAGAGGCAGGUAUCUCAGAAAUUCUAGCACCUUUGAAACUUUUAUUCAUUGGAAAGGAAACUUUGUACUUUCUCCCUUUAUUCAGAGAAGUAAAAUUUAACAAGGAGGGUAUUGCUAAGAUUAUUGUAAUUUUCAUUCAUAGGAAGCAGUUUGGCUAUUUCUUUACCUUUCAUUCUGUUGAUACGUUCUGUGUUUAUAACAACCUGUCAAUUGGUAAAGAUUUUACUAUUUUUCAUACCCAGCCCUUUGGUCCAU